CAGUGUCACAUAGCACAUUGCAUCAUAAUACAGUAGACAUUGUGCUGUUGCCACCUUCAUAAACACUUCGUAUUGUUAUUUUUGAUGAAUCUACAAUAAAGACCGCACCAAUCAACGGCAUUCGUAGUUGUAGCCGAACUAGUAUGGCAUCUAAAAUACUUGGUGGAAUUUUGCAGAGUAUUGUAAAAUCACGCAAUAAUCUAUUAUCAUCAUUAGUUGGUGUCCAACAACCGUUCGGCAGAAUGUCAACAUUAAAUGAUUCAAUUAUUCCGCCACGCAUCCCAUUUUCAAGCGACUUCUUUUUUCGACAGUUAUUCGAUUCAGUAAGCAGCACGUACACCUAUUUACUGGCUGAUUUAACAACAAAGGAAGCAGUCCUAAUAGAUCCAGUAUUGGAGCAUGCAAAACGUGAUGCACACCUGGUGAAUGAGCUUGGAUUUCAGCUCAAAUAUGCAAUGAAUACCCACAUGCACGCGGACCAUAUAACCGGCACUGGUUAUUUAAAACAGUUGCUACCGAAUGUACGUAGCGUCAUUUCGCAAGCAAGUGGAGCUAUUGCUGACAAACACAUCAGCGAUGGCGACGUCCUUUCAUUUGGACGCCAUGAAAUCGAAGCUGUUUCAACACCUGGACACACUAACGGCUGCAUGACCUUUAUCAAUUACGAACAGGGCAUUGUAUUCACUGGUGACACUCUGUUGAUUCGUGGCUGUGGACGUACGGAUUUUCAAGAAGGCAACUCACGUACUCUUUAUCAAUCGGUGCACGACAAGAUAUUCAAUUUGCCGGAUAAUUAUCGAAUCUAUCCUGCUCACGAUUAUAAAGGACAAUUGGAGAGCAGUGUGGUUGAAGAAAAACGUUAUAAUCCCCGUUUAACAAAAGACAUUGACACAUUUGUGGAAAUAAUGGAAAACUUGAAUUUACCUAAGCCUAAAAUGAUUGAUGUUGCGGUGCCAGCUAAUCAAGCUUGUGGUCUACAUGAUAUUCCAACUAACUAGGCGAAAUUUACCUCAAAAAAAUGCUGAGUUGUACAAUUACCGUGUUUGAUUUCAUUUAUUCAUUCAUUUAAAACCACCAAAUGAAUAUGCAUAUAAUACGUAUAUAUUUUUAUAAAUUUGUAUUUUAUUUCUGCUUUUAUAAAAUUUAUCAAACAGGCAGAUUAGUCUAUCUUUCGUUCGUGAAUUUGACACACAGUUCAAGGUUACGAAUGUAUAAUGGUUCAAUAAAUAAUUUUAUAUUGGUUAAAAAGUACUAAACAA